GCUAUAAAAGACCCCGAGACACCUUGAAGAAGCACCAGCUUUGAAGAAUUCAUUCACAUCUCCUACUUCUGACAACCACUAUGCUCCGAAACAUCCUCCUCGCCUUUUUGCUCAUAGGCACAGCUUGUGCAAUGCACCUGGAAUACCUGAAAGUGGAUUCUGAUGAGGAGCAGGUUGAUACGAGUUUGGCUGUUGGUCAGGCUGAGGAUAUGCCUAUACCUGGGGCAAUGCUCCCAGGUCAGUGCUGGGCAUGUAAGUGGGCUGUGAAGAAAGUGAAAAAACACCUCGGUGACAAGGCAAAGGCGGAAGAAAUAAAACAGAAAUUGCUCAGAGUCUGCGAUGGUAUUGGCUUCCUGAAGGAUUUGUGUAAGAAAAUGAUUAAUAAAUCCCUCGGCGUUUUGAUUGAGGAGCUCUCUACUUCUGAUGAUCCAGCAACUGUCUGUGCUAACAUUGGCGCUUGCAAAUCGAAACCCAUGCUGCAACUCAUCCAAGCUUUUCCGGAAGUCCUAGAGAAGCUCUGAACUUCAUCAUGAGAACUGCAUUAUGUAAUAAUAGUGAAAACUGUUCUUUGCUUUCUUCAUCAUUUCUUCACUAAAGGAAUCUGCAUCUUUAAAGUUAGACCAAAUGUCUGUUACAUAGCAACUUAACUUCUUACACUUGGGGCAAAGCUCUUAUCUCAGUUUGAUGUAUAGAAAAGAAAUGUUCAUAUAGUCAGUGGCUGAACAUAAAUAAAGAGGCAUGAAGCAUAUUUAA